AUGUUAGUGAUGCAAGUGAUGAUGAGUGGUGUUAAUAGAGAUGAUGGCGGUGAUAGCGAUGUUGAUAAUGGUGAUGCAAAUGAUGGUGACGAUGAUGGAAUCAGAUGCGUACCAACGCCCUGUGGCAUUGCUGGAUCUAUACUAAGCGGCCGCGGUAAAAGUGCGGAAAUCCAGAUGCAAAACAUCUGUCUAAUGAAACACAGGAAGCACAAAGCCGAAAGUGCAAAUUUGCGUGUUCAUAAGGACACGACACUUCUGUCACUGUUUCGUGCGUCGCCAACAUCACGCAUUUGCUUCGGCAUCAUGCUACUGUCCACAGCAGCCACCGUCCAUGGCGUACUGCUUACAGCUGACCAGCAAGAGGAAGACAGCUCUGCCAGCUGCACUCACUUGGAUCUCUCAUCGGCAUCAGGUCCGGUCAACUUUCUCAUUCUACGGCGAAUUGCGCAAAAUUUGCCACAGUCAUACAUAUCACCAAAAUCGCGCAAUCUCUUAACGCGAUGUGGCAGAUGUCUCGCUUGA